GUCGAAACUUAAUUCGUAUAUCUUCAUUAUCCGUUACCUAAACUCUCUAAUUGAAACCUAUACCUACCCUCUUAGCUUUCACACGAUCUUAACCCGUAAGCUUUUCUCUCUCUCCCUCUCUCUCUGAGUCCUUGACGGUUCUUAUUUCUUAAUCUCCGGGAUAAAAUGGCGACUGAAGACGUGAAGCUGAUCGGCUCAUGGGCGAGUGUUUUCGUCAUGAGGGCGAAGAUUGCUCUCCACCUCAAAUCUAUUAGCUACGAAUUCCUCCAGGAGACGUUUGGUUCAAAGAGCGAAUUGCUCCUCAAAUCAAACCCGGUUCACAAGAAGAUGCCGGUUCUGAUUCACGCUGACAAACCGGUUUGUGAGUCCAACAUCAUCGUUCAGUACAUCGACGAGGCUUGGAACUCAUCUGGACCGUCCAUUCUCCCGUCACAUCCCUACGACCGGGCCAUCGCACGGUUUUGGGCUGCCUACAUAGACGAUCAGUGGUUUAUCUCUCUGAGAAGCAUCCUAACAGCUCAAGGAGAAGAAGAGAAGAAAGCAUCCAUAGCUCAAGUCGAAGAAAGGACCGAGCUUCUGGAGAAAGCAUUCAACGAUUGCAGCAAAGGAAAACCGUUCUUCAACGGUGACCACAUCGGUUACCUUGACAUUGCCCUCGGAAGUUUCUUGGGUUGGUGGAGAGUUGUCGAGUUGGAUGCCAAUCAUAAAUUUCUUGAUGAGACCAAGACUCCUUCUCUAGCAAAAUGGGCAGAGCGGUUUUGUGAUGACCCCGCUGUGAAACCUAUAAUGCCCGAGAUUACAAAGCUCGCUGAAUUCGCAAGGAAGCUCUUUCCUAAGCCGCAAGCAUAAACUGGUUUACUAGGAUGUAAGUUAUGUUUUACUCAAAUGGAAUAAGACCUAGAUUAAGCACAGCCAGAAUUAUUUAUGUCUUUUGCAUAUUCAUUCAUAAUCUUUGAGUUGUGACAAUGUUGUGAUCCACAUAUAUUACCUCAGAUCAAAUUUUACAUGUGUACCGAAAACAUAUAAACAUGGAUUAUCAAAACCAUGCUUUUUGUGAUUUGCCA